CUGAGUUUAAAUGUGAAACGCGAGCAGUUCACAGCUGGACAUCCGUCAGCAUGCUGGGCUUUCUGAUACUGGUGUGGAUAUGCAUCUUCAUCCUGUUCCUCUUCAUCCAGAUCCCGAGGCCAAAGAACUUUCCACCAGGACCUCGUCCUUUGCCAUUAUUUGGGAAUUUGCUAGAGCUAAACAUCACUAAUCCUUUGAAAGAUUUCGAGAGGCUGGGAGAACGCUAUGGAAAAGUUUACAGUCUGUACCUUGGAUCAAAACCUUGGGUGGUUCUGAAUGGUUUUGAGGUUUUGAAGGAGGCUCUUGUUACUAAGGCUGUGGACUUUGCAGGACGUCCUCAGGACCUCCUGGUCAACCAUGUUACAAAAGGAAGCGGUGUAAUUUUGUCCGACUAUGGCCCCAGUUGGAAAGAACACAGACGCUUUGCUCUGAUGACCCUGAGAAACUUUGGCCUGGGGAAGAAGUCAAUGGAGGAGAGAAUUCUGGGAGAGGUUUCACAUGUUGUUGCUAAAUUGGAAAAAGGAGUUGGAAGCUCCUUUGACCCUCAGACUAUGUUCCACAAUGCUGCAUCAAAUAUCAUUUGCAUUGUUCUGUUUGGAUCCCGAUAUGAUUAUGACGAUGAAUUCCUCAAGCUUUUCGUUCACCUCUAUACAGAGAAUGCAAAGAUUGCCAAUGGACCAUGGGCCAUGAUAUACGAUACAUUUCCUAUGCUGAGAUUUCUGCCCCUGCCCUUCAAGAAGGCCUUUAAAAAUGCCAGCAAGGCCAGAGAAUUGUCUGCACAACUGGUCAAUGAACACAAAAAGACAAGAGUCCCAGGAGAGCCCAGAGACGUCAUUGACUGCUAUCUGGAUGAGCUUGAUAGGAGAGGAAAUGAUGGUUCCUCAUUUGCUGAAGCUCAGCUUAUCCUGUACAUUCUGGAUUUGCACUUUGCAGGGACUGAUACCACAUCUAACACCCUCCUCACUGCAUUUCUCUACCUCAUGACCCACCCAGAGGUUCAAGCAAAAUGUCAGCAAGAGAUUGAUGAUGUUCUGGCGGGUAAAGAUCACGCAUCGUAUGAAGACAGACAUGAUAUGCCGUACACAAUGGCUGUGAUUCAUGAAGUUCAGCGCGUCGCUAACACUGUACCGCUAAGUGUGUUUCACUGCACCACCAAAGACACUGAGCUGAUGGGCUACAACAUCCCGAAGGGAACUUUUGUUAUUCCCAACCUCAGUAGUGUACUCAAAGAAGAAGGCCAGUGGAAGUUUCCUCAUGAGUUCAAUCCAGCCAACUUCCUGAAUGAGCAGGGCCAGUUUGAGAAGCCUGAGGCUUUUAUGCCCUUUUCUGCAGGUCCUCGCGUGUGUCUCGGUGAGGGUCUUGCGCGUAUGGAGCUCUUCCUGGUCAUGGUCACUCUGUUGCGCCGUUUCCAGUUUGUGUGGCCCGAUGAUGCUGGGGAACCAGAUUACACCCCGGUGUAUGGGGUCACCCUCACCCCGAAACCCUACAGAAUGCACAUCAAGUGCAGACAGACAGUCAAAUUAUGAUAAUCGUGUCAAUUUUCUGUUGCAAAAGAUGACUUGAUGUUAUUAUUUUAAUAACAGAGUAUGUAUUAUGACUGGUCAUACAGAAUAUAUUAUAAAAAGUUCAUAAAAAGAAUCAUGCAGUCCUUAAAUUAAAAAAAAAAACAAAAAACUUAUCUGUAUGUAUCCCAGUGUGGUUUUAUUGUGUUCACUUGUAGGGUUAUCAUCAUUAUUGAAAACUAAAAAAAAAAAAAAACUGGAACUCCAUGUGUAACAAGAAACAUUUCUUAAUAUAAUCAAUGUUGAAACUAAAUUUGUUCAGGAUUCUUUGAUGACUAUAAAGUUCAAAAGAACAGCAUUUAUUUGAAAUAGAAAUCUUUUGUAAUAUUAUAAAUGUCUUUACUGUCACUUUUGAUCAAUUGAAUGCAUCAUUUCUUGCUGAAUAAACGUAUUAAUUUCUUUCAAAA